AUGUCUGGACGAGGGAAAACCGGUGGAAAAGCUCGGACCAAACCCAAAUCUCGCUCGUCCCGGGCCGGACUGCAGUUCCCGGUGGGCCGUGUUCACAGGCUUCUGAGGAAAGGUAACUAUGCUAAGCGGGUGGGUGCUGGAGCCCCGGUAUACAUGGCUGCUGUGCUCGAGUAUCUGACGGCUGAAAUCCUGGAGCUGGCCGGUAACGCGGCCCGGGACAACAAGAAGACCCGCAUCACCCCCAGACACCUACAGCUGGCUGUCCGCAACGACGAGGAGCUCAACAAGCUGAUGGGAAAGGUGACCAUCGCUCAGGGCGGGGUGCUGCCCAAUAUCCAGGCCGUGUUGUUGCCCAAGAAAACCAGCGCGACCACCAAAACCAAGUAAUUUGGCCAAAUAUUUACGUAACGAUCCAAAGGCUCUUUUAAGAGCCACCCACAGUUUCUCUGGAAGAGCUCAGUACCAGUUCACUACAACCGUUCUUUGUUUAUACUACAGACGAGUCUCCGUCUGGCUGCCGGUCUAAAUCCCGCAGAGUAAAGACUAUCUAACUGCGCACCAAGAGCUGCGUCUCAAA